AUGCCCGCAGCGACUCCUGCUCCCAGGGCUGUCACCCACGAAGUAGGCAGGCUCUCUGCCCAGAGGCGUGUUCCCCAGCAGCAAAAGCACAGCCCGCAGGCGCAGCACAUCUCUGCAAGGGUGCAGGUGACAGAGCUGCCUAAGUUCGAAUGGUACAGCGAUGAAGCAGAAGACCAGGUCGAUGCCAGCCCAGCACCCACGCCAGCCUUCAUUGCCGGACGCGAUGACCAGCCAUCCGUACCUUUGAGCCAGCUGGGAUCUCCCACUUUCCCCCCGCAGUAUCCUUCUUGCCGCAAGUGCCAGAAAAGCUACUCAAGCAUCAGCAGCUGCAUGGAGGCAUCCUCCGUCUUUGCCAACGCCACGUCCAUCUUCAACAACCCGCUGAACUACAUAGCAGUCAUCAAGUGCGCCUGCACUGACACAUUCCAGGCUGUGUAUCCACAAUGUGUCGACUGCUUCCAACACACUGAUCAAUGCUGGUGGUUGGGCACAGAUCCGAAAGGGACUGGCGCCCCACAGCUCGUGACGAACAUUCGCCAGAUCUGUGGCUUUGGAUCUGCCCUUCUCGGAGGCGUAGCUGGCGCAAACGGGAUGAAUCACUCACACAAUGUGUCCAUCGUACCAACCUAUACGGACGUUUCUACAACUGCAGCUGGAUAUAUCGACCAAAGUGCUGGCAGCAUCUUCGGUGCAGCAGCUUCCCUUCAAGCUGGAUCCGCUUCAGUUGUCGCCUUGCUCUCGACAGCAGCUGCAGGUAUAUUUUUGUUGUGGUAA